CUGCCAUGUUGGAGGAAGCGGUGCCUUCUGUGAGGUGGAAACGCGGGGCUUCACCCGUAGCAUUGGGGAGCGCAGCCUCCUACCUUUCCUCCUCGCUCGAGUGUCGGUGCUGAGAGGCGGCGGCCGGCGGGAUGGAGAGAAGUAAGAUGAACCUGCCCAAGGGGCUGGACACGCUCUGCUUCGACAAGGACGAGUUCAUGAAGGAAGAUUUUGACGUCGAUCACUUUGUGUCUGACUGUAGGAAGCAUGUCCAGCUGGAGGAACUAAGAGGAGAUCUGGAACUCUACUAUAAACUUCUUAAAAUAGCCAUGGUCGAGCUCAUCAACAAGGAUUAUGCACAUUUUGUCAACCUUUCCACAAACUUGGUUGGCAUGGACAAAGCCCUCAAUCAACUUUCUGUGCCUUUGGGACAGUUACGAGAAGUUCUGCGUAUAGCCCACAUUACGGCCAUGCUGCAGCAGUCCCUGGGAGGCCUGCUGCUAGAAGGGCUUCAGACUUCCAAUGUGGACAUCAUAUGGCACUGCCUCCGGACUUACCCUACAAUUGACAAGACACGGGAUGCAGAGGCGUUAGUCUGUCAAGUACUGGUGAAACCGUACAUGGAUGAGGUGAUUGUAGAGCAGAUCGUUGAGUCUCAUCCGGACGGCCUGAAGAUCAUGUAUGCUCUUAAGCUCCUGGAGUUCGUUCCUCACCACUGCCGCCUUCUUUGAGAGGUCACAGAAGGAGCCAUCUCAAGGUGACGUAAACUGCUGUGUAUGCACCUGAGCUCAGUUUAGUGACCACCUGUCACCUCCUCAUGUGCCGCUGAUCCCUGGCUGUCCUGUCUGACCCGGGAACGUGUGCUCUUCCCUAUUUGUUACCAGUGUUGUGAGGCAGGUGUCGCUUGCCUGGGUUUACAGGGAAAGGGAAUGAAGAGUGGGGACGAAUCUCAACGGUGACAUUUGUGUGACUCCAGAGCCUCUGCUUUUCUCUUGUCUAUACUUUCUCCUUAACCAGGUUCAAAAUCAAAAUUGGUUUCCUUCCAUUAUUGUGAAGUCAUCAUCGGUCUAGAAAUACCAAUUCAUUUUAAUUCAACACGUUUUAUACUGAUGGCAAUUAAAGUCAUGUUCGGUUUUCCCUCCCUCUCUUAUUUCAUUUCCAUGGCUUUCCAGUUCUGUUUCAUGAAUAUCCCAUUACCUUCCACCAUCUCCGUCAUCCCAGUCCAGACCUUUGUUGCCUUUUGUUCGAGGGUAGCGGGCUCUCCCCACCUGGUCUCCCAGCUCCACCUGUCCCUCUUCAUUGCAGCCCUCAGCUGUCCCACCUGCCCAGAGCUCUGCAGCCUUUCUGAGUCGCUCAUGGCUUCUCAUCGCCCACAGAGGAGCAUCCAGUCUUCCUGGUGCAACCUGUGACCCUUGGUGCUUGAGUCCUAGUGGUUCUCCGCUGUAGAACUUUCUACUGUGGAACUUUCCCCCAUACCACUAUGGUUCCUGGCCAGAGAGGAGCGCUUGACCUUCCCUAACACACCUGGUACAGAAGAUCCCUGACUUCACCUUGGUUCAGUUUAUGGUUUUUUGACUUUUUAUAAUAGUGCAGAAGUGAUAUGCAUUUAGUUUGGAUCUUUUCCCAGGCUGGUGAUCUACAGUAGGGUCCUCUUUUGUAAUGCUGGGCAGGGGCAGUGAGCACAGCCCCCAGGCAAACCACGUGAUCACAAGGGUCAACCGUCCUAUUCUGGCUUUCAGUGCAGUGUUCAGUAAGUUACAUGAGAUACCAGACACUUUAUUGUGGAAUAGGCUUUGUGUUAGAGGAUUUUGCCCAACUGUGCAAUACUGUAAGUGUUCUCAACACAUUUAAGGUUGGCGGGGCUAAGCUCUGAUGUUCAGUCGCUUAGGUGUUUUCCAUGCAUUUUCAACUAAAGAGAUUUCCAGCUGAACAAUGGGUUUAUUAGAAGCCGAG